AUGUCUUCUCCAACCAAAAUUCUCUCUCUUGCAGCGACUAUUUCCGAAGCAACCGCAAUCGUUAACACAUAUUUCACCACUCACAAUCUUCCAACCCCAUCUUUUGAGGUUUCCGGUCCAACCAGAAUAUCCAUCCCUCCCCAUGAGAAAGAGGUCUCAAAAGUAUAUGCCGAAGUUCUCCGCGCAACCAUGGAACUUCACCAUCUAAUGCUAGGACCCACUGCCGUACUUAUGGGGAUCUCGCCGGUAGAUAGUCUAAGUCUCAAUUGCAUCUACACUUACAAAAUAGCCCAUGCAUUCCCCGUCGAUAGCGAGGCUACUUUCGAACAUAUUUCAGAUCAGUGCGGUCUGGAUCUUAUAGACACUCGUAGGAUACUACGCCAUGCCAUGACAAAUCACAUUUUCCAGGAGAUUCGCCCAGGUAGCGUAACGCAUACUGCUGCGUCUAAAUUGCUUGCUACGAAUUCCUUGGUGGAGGAUUUCGUGGGGAUUGCUAGCGAAGAGCGUUUUCAAGCCGCUGCACACACAACGCAGGCGCUGCAGAAAUGGGGAUAUGCGAGAGCGCCGAAUCAAUCAGGAUUCAGUCUAGGGCACCAAACCACCAAUGGUCUCUAUGAAGAGCUACGCUCUCAUCCAUCUCGUGGCCAACGCUGGGCCAACGCUAUGAGUGUUUACGCGUCGAAAAUUCCGCUUUCACCAUUGAUUGAUAGUUAUGAAUGGAGCAGUCUUGGCUCUGCCACUAUUGCUGGUGUGGGCGGUGGUUAUGGUCCUGUUAGUAUUGGACUCGCGAGCCAGUUUCCAUUGCUCAAUUUUGUUGUGCAGGAUUUUGAGGAUGUGGUUGCUGAUGGGCCUGCAGCCGAGAUUGGGGGAACCGGGAAAGUUGUCUUGGGUGGAGGAGAAGAGGUUAAGGUGAGUUUUAUUCUCGAGCUAACCAUGGAUCUUAACAUGUUAUCCUACUUUGGAUCGCGCGAGAGGUCGAUUGAGGAUUGGGAGGGGAUAUUCACGGAAGCGGAUGAGCGGUUUGAGGUGGCGAGGGUGGUGGAUUUGGAGGGUGGGAUGAAUUGUUUGAUGGAGGUGCUUUGGAAGGGGGAAUAG